AUGACAUUUCAGGUAAAGGACUCACAGAUCAGAGUGAGAGCGAUUGUGAUCGAACGUGAAGAACCAGGAAUUGAUGAGGAAGAAGUAGAAUUGAACACAUCUACUGCCAGCUCGUUUAUACACGCUGUGGCAGGAGGAUUAGCAAGUAUGGUAUCUUUAAUAUUAGUUUAUCCGCUUGCAUCUUUGGCUACAACUGCACAGGCGGGACCAGAGGCUUCUACAGUAAAAGCUAAAACGGUUCAAUCUGAUGUUAAUAUUAAAACAACUGAAGGCAGAAAGGAGGCAUUAACGAAAGCUUUGAUCACUGUGAAAGAAUUGUAUGCAGGUUUAAGUCCCGCUUUAGUCGGUAUAAUGGCGACAAAUUCCGUUUACUAUUACUUUUAUGAGCUCACGGCCAAGAAGUUGAGAGCCAUCUCAGGAAAAUCAAACGAUAUUCAUGGUCUCAGCGCUAAGCAAAGUAUCAUUGCAGGUAUAGUUGGUGGCAUUGUCUCACGUAUCGUUACAAAUCCAAUAUGGGUUGCGAAUACCAGAAUGACUGUUGCUAAGGGUAAGGUCGGAUCACAAUUUAAGGUUAUGUAUGAUAUUGUGAAAAAUGAAGGAUGGAAGAAACUUUUUGCCGGAUUGACACCAGCUCUCACGUUAGUUUCGAACCCUGUCAUUCAGUACACAAUUUUCGAGCAACUCAAGACUCUCGUUGUUAGUAAGAAGCGUCAUGCGUUAACUGCGUUUGAUGCCUUGUACCUUGGUGCUAUAAGCAAGUUUAUUGCAACAUUACUUACAUAUCCAUAUUACACAGUCAGAGCCAGGAUGCACAUGGCAAAAGGUGAAUGUGCAAAUAUGUAUCAAAUCAUGAAGAGAAUUCUUAAAGAGGAGGGUAUUUCUAGUUUUUAUAAUGGCUUGGGAUUUAAGCUAUUGCAGAGCAUUAUUGGCUCAGGAUUUUUAUUCUAUUUUAAGGAGGAGUUUGUACUCCAAACCCAGUACAUUUUGAGACGGAUCCUUGCCUUCCGCAGAAAGAGACUUUCUAAUUAG